UUUGAUUCUCUUCUACAACAGAAUUUAGCAUUAAAACAUGGCUGGAUUCCGUCGACCCCCUCGUGAUGUGGAUUCCAUGACUUCUCUACGUGUAGGAAACCUUCCUUACAGCGCUCAGUCUGAUGAUUUGAUGCCACUGUUUGAGAAGUACGGAGAUGUUGGAGAUAUCUACCUUCCACUCGAGCGUGGAACUGGACGUAGCAGGGGUUUUGCUUUCGUCAGGUACUACUCGAAACGGGACGCCGAGGAUGCGAUGGAUGCUCUGGAUGGACGUCAGUAUGAUGGUAGAGACUUGAAGAUCAGUAUUGAUGCUGGACGCCCUACCAGGAGUAACGACGACCGUGACGGACACCGUGGCGGAGGGCGUGGUUAUGGCGGAGACCGACGUGGGCGGAGCAGGUCCAGGUCUAGAGACCGUAGGAGGCGGAGCCCAAGCAGGAGCCGUACACGUUCCAGGAGUAGGAGCAGGAGCAGGGGAGGACGGGGUGGAGACUCAAGGAGCAGCAAGAGGGAUGACUCCAGAGGACGCGGCAGAGAACUUUCUGUUCUCUCCCGUCAGUUACUCAACUGGAAAUUUUGUGAACUCAAACGAAACUUUUGUUUCAGAUUUAAGAUGUCAUUUCGCCGACCUCCCCGGGAUGUUGAUAGAAUGACCUCUCUAAGGGUCGGAAACCUUCCAUUUAGCGCUACUGCCGAGGAUAUGACUCCGCUUUUUGAAAAGUUCGGAGAUAUCGGAGAUAUUUACUUCCCGCUGGAGAGAGGAACAGGGAGAAGCAGAGGUUUUGCAUUCGUGAGGUAUUACGACAAGCGGGACGCUGAGGAUGCAGUUGAUUCACUCAACGGUCGGACAUACGACGGACGUGAUCUCCGUAUCACCCUGGACCCUGGUCGUCCUACCCGUCAUAACGACGACUACGGGAGAAGGAGGAGUAGGAGUAGGAGUAGGAGUAGGAGCAGGAGCAGGGGGAGAGGAAGGAGGAGGAGUUACUCUAGGAGCAGAAGCAGGAGUGGAGGUAGACGGGAUAGGAGCAGGAGUCGUAGCCGAGAUAGAAGACGAGAUUCUAGGAGCCCUUCCAGAGGUGGCAGAGGAGAUUCAAGAGGAAGGGGAAGGAGCAGGUCCAAUUCCAGAAGCCGAAGCCGAAGCUACUCACGUUAAUCCUUCAAUUCCAAUCCUACAUCUUGGUUAACAAAACUACAUAAAUAUAUAUUAUAACCAGGACUUGAUGUAGGAUUUUACAAACGGUUCAUUUGUACUCAUGUGAAGCUUUUUUCCUUUCUCGUGCAUCUUUUAGACACUUGUAAAACUGAAACUAUUGAUUUUUCGAAUUUCGUGGAUUAUUAAAAAGUAAAAUUAUUCUGUUCUACUAUUUUUUUCUUGUUCUGACCGAUCUUCAUUAUUUCCAGA